CCGCAGCCUCAGUACCAAUCACCUCAAUUAAUUUCACUCUUUAAUCAUGCUUAUCAUUUCUUGUGUGUAUUAAAUGUCGAUUAUAAAUUGUACUGUUGUUUAAUUAUUUAUUGAAUUCGUUUUUGUCAAAUUAUUUGUGUUAUGAAAAGUCCUUGUAAAUUAUGAUCGGGCAAACGUGAAAUGAAGUAAUCAUUCAGAAAUUCCACUUUAGUAUAGAUAUAUCACUUAAAUAUAAGAAUAACUUCCUUAAUUUCAUCGUGCGUGGUGGCCGAGUGGACUAAGGUACAGGGUUUAUACUUCAUAUCUACGAAAUAUCAACGGUUCGAGUCCAUCAUUCGAUAGAAAAAAAAAAAAAUAAUAAAUACUAUACCGAUUUGGAUUCCAAUACUUGUAAGAGCCCCCAUGAAAUUACACCUUAAGGAAUGACGAAUGGUGAAAUGGAUAACUGUGGAGGUGGUCAACGUCUACCCCCUGAUGGGGAUGAGUUUCCAACAGCAUAUCAAGAAUCGAGAGUAACUUUACAACAGUGUCCAGAAAUUGAAUCCCAUAAAAACAACUGUCUAAGUUCUGUAGAAGUAAAAACAGUUUAUAACGACAGAAAUAUCAAUAGUUGUUACACUGCAACUAAAUUUCAGGAAUGUAUAAAUCCAAGUUUAUCAAAAAAAAAAAUGAUGACCUCUGGAAUAGUAAACUUGACACAAAAUAGUGUUGAAAUGAAUCCCUGUAAUGUCGGGAACCUACAUUCAAUAAUUACCGAAAAGUUAGUAAUUACGGGAUACCAACCAAAAGAAUCGAAAAUCAAGUUAGAGUCUUCAAAAAAAAACUAUCCUGAUUGUUCACCUCUACCUCUAACAUUAACAGAGCCAUUGAAAACGAAAAAAUCUAUUUCACUAAUUAAGAGCACGUCCAUUGACAAUUUUUCUAGAAAGUUUACGCCGAGUAAGGAUUCUCGACAUCAAAAUGAUAGAUCUGAGCAAUCCGUGAGAGAUAAAAUUGCAAUGUUCUCAUCGAACGAUAAUGUUGAAACGCCAUUUUUCCCAACUGAUCCAAUCACGAGUGUUGUGACCAACUCUAACCCGCUACUCUUGAAGUACAAUUCUUCCGAGAAUUCCUUUGGUGAUGUGAAAAAUAAAGACGAGAGAAAUAAGACAACUUGCUUGGUUGAUCGUUUCUCUAAUCCAUGCAAUUUAACGAGACCUUGUAAAAAUUCAGAAAUUUCUUUAGCAACAAAAUGCAGCGAAAAAAAAUCGUGUCUACCGCUAUUUUUGCCUACUGAAAAUUCAUUACUUUACUCUAAUAGCUUUCCGUCAAAUAAUUCCAUAUUGACUUCAUCAAAAAAGAAAUUACAAGAGUUAAAUUCUCCUGCAAUAACGAAACUUUCCAGUAUAUUAUCAAAACCAGAAUCACUUGAAAAAACUAUUCCUAUGAAUAAAUCAAUGGCCACAACGAAAUCACCAUCUUUAUCUCGAGCAACUAGUUUUUCGGGAGGCAUGUCUUAUAGUUAUGAACUCCCACCUCCUAGUAACUGCCAAAUUUCAAGGACAAACUCGCUAUCGUCAAUAUUUCCAAGAAGUAAUAUAGAUUUGAGAAAAACACGUUUAAAUCAGUUGAUAGAACAAAGAAAAAAAAGUAUAUCAAAACUACGUGGACUUGUUAUACCAGAAAAAGAUGUGGCUGCAAUUGACCAGCCUAUUAUUGAUUUGCCAGAAAUCAAAUCCAGAGACUCUAUUCUUAUUCAACAGUUCCCGAAAAUCCAUACUGAAGGUAAGUGGGGUUCACAAAACUCAUUGGCCAGUAAUGUCAGCACUCAAAGCGCUCCCUUCAAAACAGCUUCAUUCAAGAUGCCAAUACCUCUGGUACUCCCUAAAUACUCGCCAGCAUUCAAGCGAAAGAGCUCGACAGUUUGUGGUUUAUCAAAUGAUUCUGCAUCGAUUGCAAUCACCACUACAACUCAACAAAAUAAUCUGGUAUUAGCGGGUACACAAAUUGAAGGACCAAGGAGUCUUGAGAGUAUCUGCAAUCCAACUCGUAGUGAUUACAAUUUUAAAUUCACUUCAAAUGUAACAUCCGAAAAUGUAUCACGCCGCAUGAAAAUAGAUCCAAGAAGAAUUCGAGUCGACUAUGAUGAUUCCGAUAAUGACUCAGCUGUGUGUAGCUCACAGAGUAGUAUAUCACGAGGUUUCAGCCCACCAGCCUCUCCAGUAUCGUCUGAACGAUCACAUUUAUUCUCAAACAAAUCCUAUUCAACGUCAUUGAUGAUAGAAUUACCACCAAAAAAUUAUUUGAUUAAUGAACAACUUCAAUUUAAUAGAAAACCAAUUUAUUCAUCAGACAUAUCAAGUCUAGCAUUUGAUAAACUUUUUAAUGAUAGUAGCAGUAGUAAAUAUUCAAGACCUCGUUCUCCGUCUUCCGAAUACAAUUUGCAACAAUCUACAAUGCCUCAAAUACGAACACUGAGGCGAUCAAGUAGUACUGAGACCAAUUACAGUUCUUCGUCAACUCUCACUUCUGGUUCUCCAACGAGCCUUGAAUCUUUUUCGCAACGAGUUCUCAAACCUCAAAGUGUUGAAGCAAUCAAUCGGAAAAAUAUUUUAGCCAGUGCAAGAUGCCGAAGUGGGCAAAAUCUUAAUAGAUCUUCAUCAAUACUAAGAAAAUUGACAACUACAAAAGAUUCGUUUGUUUCUAAUUCUGUUGAAGAAAACCACAAAUUUACAUCGUUAAAAAAUACAGCUAAUAUUAAUAAUGAUGGUUCGAGUGAUAAAGAUAUCAAAAUUGCAUAUGUUGAAAUGAUUGAUCAUUUGAAAAGUAGACCAGAACUUGAACAACAGUGCGGAAAUUUAAAAAUUUCACCGGCAAAAUCUUCUUAUGGAUCAUUGACUGAAGUAGCUUUAAAGGCUGAUCUCCAAAAUUUUAAUGAUUCAGAAAUGCUGGUUCAAACAGAAGCAAAAGCUAUAUUGGUAAAAAAUUCUAGUUUUCAAACUGACAAAAAUUUAAGUUUCACUAAUCCACUUAAAUCUAAUCAAAAUGAUACAUGUCAACCACAAUUGCAUGAUAAAAUUUCUUCUAAAGAAUCAACUAAUUACAAUGAAAUGAAGUCAGAAAAUAUUCAUAACAGUGAUAUCUUAACGGCAUUAAUGACGCGGCGUCGAUCCAGAGCGUCAAUCGAUUUGAAAGAUAGUACAGUUAUAAGAUCUAAAAGUCAGAUGGACCUUGAAGAUAUUUUAUUGGGUAAAACAGAAUCGACUAUUAGUCGACCUGGCGGACGUCAUCGAAAUUCUUUUUCACAUGAAAAAUUAUCUCAGUCCACUCAUACUGUAAAACCGUCAAUAAAAUCCAGCCUAACAAAUGAAACUGUGAUUAAAAAUAAGAUUUUUGUAUCGAAUAUUCCACCAUAUAGAAGGUCGAUAAGUACUGAUACUAUUCAAGAAACUGUUAAGAGAGUAAAUGGAUUCAAGCAUUCAAAAAUUCCCCUUCAAAAAACUAUUGGAUAUCGAAGUAUUAGCGUCACGGAUAUAAAAAAAGUAUUUGAAAAAACAGACAACUCAAAAGAUAAUACAAGUUUAAGUGCAACGAACUCUAAUAAAUUACCAACUUUCAAAAGCAAAAUCAAAGAAAAUCAACAACUUAUCAACGAUAAAAAUGAAAUUAGAAUAUUUUGUAAUGACAAAUUUGGAAGUACUAGUUCUUUAGCCAAUACUACAAGUUCGAUAUCACAACAAGAAUUGGCUCAAUUAGUUGAAGAAGCCAGUUUAAAUGACAAUAGAGAAAUUCAAGAUAUGGCUGUUGAUUUUCUUCAUAAAGAUAAUCCGAAUGGGAAUGUAGAAAAAAUAUUGAGUAAUGGUAUUGAUUGUGAGACGGAGACACCAAAUCGAACACUAGCACAUUCAAUUACAAAUAAAAAUGGGCGAAUUAAACGUGGUGAUAGAAUUUUUAGUAUCAAUGGCAAAAGUCCAUGUUGUGAGGGUGUGACCUUAUUCCCUCGUACUAGAGAAUUUGGUCAAUCCUCCUUCAGUAAUAUGGGUAUUUGAGCACUGAAUUCAGGAAUAUCUACCCAUAUAACAAUCUUGUUCAAGGCUUGAGCAAGUCUGGUCUCAAGUUCGAUAGGCGUUAGUGUCUUUUCCUACCUAUGUGUCUUGCUGCAGACAUUUAUGGCCAGAUUUCAAUAGCAAGUCUAGUGCAAGCCUUACACCAGAAAUUUGUGCCAGAUUAUAAUUCAAUUCUGGAGGAAAACUCUAGCUGAAAAUAGUUGCGCAUGGCUUGCUCAAGAUCUGCUCAAGGCUCAAAAUUGACCUUGAGCCUUGAGCAGAUCUGGAGCAAGCCAUGCAUAAGUACCUAACGUAAGUUACUGGUGCAAGAAAUGCGUGAGAAACUUUUCAACUGCACCAUUGAUAUAAGAUAUCUUCGAUACCCUGGCGGUUUUGAAUCACCCUGGAAACACGGUGGAAUCACGGUGGGUCCACGGUGGUUACACGGUGAUAAAAUGGCACAAAUCCACCGUGUAACCCUGGAUCCACCGUGAUUCCACCGUGUUUCCACUCCCAGGGUGUUUCCAGGCUGUUUCCAGGGUGAUUCAAAACCGCCAGGGUAUUCUUAUAUAUAACGCCUCGAACAAGUCAUGCACAAGUCUUGAUGACGAUUUCUUGCUAUGUAUGAUCUUGCACAAGAUCCAUACGUAGAAAAAGAUACUGGUGACCAGGGGUUUUGCUCAAGGCACUGGCACUAGAAUCUUGCUCAAGCGUGUCUUAUAGUAUAGCCGAUACUAUGGUAUAGCCAAGUACCUGGCUUGAUUGUAGGAUAGAGGGAAAUUGUGAAAUAAAUUUUAUUUAACAUUAAUUGAGUAUUAUUAUUUUAGUUUCAUUUUUUAAAGGAACAGUCAUUAUUCUAACUGCAUUUAAAGAAUUUCUUUAAUUUAAUAUUUUAUUCAUUUACUUAGUGCUUCAUCUGGGCGCGUGCAUCGCCCAUCAAUAAACUAAGAACCAGAAAUCCAAAAUCAAGGAUCAGUAACCCAAUUGAGAUGUCAAAUUAGGUCCCGAAUGGAUUAUUUCUUAUUUGUGAAUAA